CCUAAGGUUUCUUUGGCAGCAGCAGGCGAAGGUGUAAACGAGUUGUAGUUGGAUCGGAAAGAGCAGAGCGGCAAAAAUGGUGGACAAGGCCAGCAAAGGGAGAAAGGAGGAGGUUGUCACCAGAGAGUACACCAUCAACCUCCACAAACGCCUGCAUGGAUGCACUUUCAAGAAGAAGGCUCCUAAGGCCAUAAAGGAAAUCAGGAAGUUUGCCCAAAAGGCUAUGGGGACAACUGAUGUCAGGGUGGAUGUUAAGCUUAACAAGCAUAUUUGGAGCCGUGGGAUUCGGAGUGUGCCGAGGAGAAUUCGAGUCCGCAUUGCACGAAAGAGAAAUGACGAAGAAGAUGCAAAGGAGGAGUUUUACUCACUAGUCACUGUUACUGAGAUCCCUCCAGAAGGUUUAAGUGGUUUGGGCACGAAGGUCAUCGAGGAAGAAGAUUGAAGUAGCCUACAUCCAUAAAUCAUAGUUAGGUUGCUCCAAUUUUGGCCUUACAUAUUUCUUAUUUCAGAGAUGUUUUUGUUUCGCUUUGGAUUUUAUUGGAAAUUUCUUCAGCAGAGAGAGCAUCAUGGAUUUAAUGUCAUUCUAUUAUGUAGCCUGUUCAAGCUAUCUUUCCUUGAGACCUUAUAAUUAGCUUUAUGGUGUGAAACAUAGUUUAUGAUGUAUUGUUGUGACCUCGGCAUCUAAAUGCAAAGCCAACCUUUAAUCUUUGGAUA